UAAUAUCUCACACAAUCUUCGUGGACACAAACUUAUCACUUGCAUUCAGAUGUGUUGCAAACUGUGAAAAGAAGGUCAGCAUACGGAAGAAAUUUGCACUAGAAGCUCACUGCUCAGGGAUAUCUUGUCCCUUUCUCAGACACUAUCGGUGGUCUCUUUUCGUUAAGUCUGACGGGAGCUUCAAUCAAUCGUGGAAAGCGAUUGGUAACUUGGCAAACAUGUCUCUGACAUCCUUGACGGGUCCAAGCCUCAUUUUAGAAAAGGGGGACGCUUUUCGUAACAAAACUGCCCUGCUGUCGAACCAAACUUACAAACUAAUCAUGGUUGCCUGGUUGGACGAUGGUAAUUACGCAGAAAAAAGUUACAUUUUUCAUACAAAUGUCCCACCAUACUCUCAAAGCAACAACGCUGAAUGUUUCGUGGAUCCUACGAGUGGAGAAGCAAUCACAACAAAGUUUCGUGUGGAAUGUGUUAACUGGACAGACUCUGACUUGCCUCUCACUUAUCAAUUUGCUUACAAAACUCAGUUUGGCUUCGUAGCUUUUCACACAGGAUGGCAGCCAAAUGUGACAACGGAGCUACCAAUAGGGAACAAAUCGACAAACUAUUCCCUUGACCUGCGGUUGGAAAUUUUAGAUUCGCUUGGUGAUUAUUCCGAUGUGUAUUUAGCUGUUCAGGUUGCACCACCAAGAUCAUCAAAUAUAAUGGAAUCCCAAGGUCAACUGGAUAACCUAUUUGCAAGCGGCGAUGUUGAUAGAGCUAUGCAGAUGGCUUUUGCCAUGCUUUCUGCGGCUGGUGAUUCAGAUGGAGCUCAAUCAUACAAGAGCUCAUUGAUCGACAAAAUGGAAAACAUCGUGGUCGGUAGUGUAGAGCAGGCAACAUUAGUGGUAGGAGUUCUUGCUAUGGCUACAGAUAAUGACGAUGGAAUAUCAGGGGAUUCUCAGGAAAAGGCUUUGAACUUACUUGGCAGCACCGUGGACUUCCUUUCGUCUCAAAUGUCAAAUGGUUCGAUGGACGCGGAACUGGUACAGAGUUUAGGCACCAGUCUCUUUAGUGGAAUUGGGAACGUGCUUGGCGCAGCCUCUGAUGAAGCUGGGGCCGAGAGUGAGGAUUCUGAGGGAGAAGAUGAAGAAGACAAAGAUUCCGACAAAGACCAUGUUAACACGGAUGAAAUGAAGGAAAAGAGCAAGAAAAGGGCGCAAAACGCUUUGAGUCUGGUGUCACAAGUGGGAGAUAGCCUGCUGUCAACAAAAGCUGUGGGGGAAAAGCCCACUGUGUUCAAGACAAAGUCCAUGGGAGUUGUGCUAGAUCGCCAACGAAGCUCGGAUAUGGGAGGCAAGAAGCUUGGUGAGGGCUCCAAUCGUGUGGCUUUACCUUCAGCAGAUUCUCUCUUUGGUAACGAUGGGCCCGACGCUGUUGAUUCACAGAUGCUGGCAUUUAAAGAUAAUCCUUUCACAUGGGACAAGAGUGCCAAAACAGUGAAGUCCUCAGUACUCGACUUCAAACUCAAAUCUAAAGGUGGUGACGCGUUAAACAUCUCAGGGCUCCAGGAACCAGUUGAGUUAUUCAUUCCCAUAGCGAGUAAGGAAGGUUCUUCUGAUAAAGACAACAGCUCAGCCGAAAGCUUGUUUUUUAAACCAAGCAAUGGAACGUCAAAUCUUCGCUACCACAGGUUUCUGGUGUCAUCUCACGAAGUUCAAGUAGCGAUACGAAUAAGGCCCGAGAAAGGAAAAAGAGUGGAUGUCUUCGUCAACUACAAAACGAAACCAACACCACAUCGGAAUGUUUUUAACACGACCAUCCCCAAUUGGUCUUCCUGUGCUAACUUUACUGGUGAAUCUCCGGACAAUCUAAAUUGUUCCUCGGAUCCUUACACUUUCACAUUUUCGAGUCUCAUAUCAGGACAUACCGGCCCUCACUUUCUUGGCAUACGAUAUAUGAAAAGAGAUGGCGAAGCCCAAUCAAAGAUGUCUUCUAAACGAAAAAGAAGAUCAUGUGGUCUUAUCCAUGGACGUAUGAAAAGGUCAUGCGUAGAUGUCAAGGACCCUCCCACUACACCUCCCCCGACACCUAUGAUUAUAGUUCCAAAGUACAACUCUUCUACGGAUGUAAAUUACUCGUUGAGUAUAUCUGUAAGCGGUUGCCUGUACUGGUCAGAAACAAAAGAAAAAUGGACUGGAGAAGGAUGCAAGGUUGGACCGAACUCGAACUCAAAACAGCUACACUGCUUGUGUACUCAUCUCUCUGCAUUUGGUGGCGAUUUCUUUGUUGCACCAAACCCCAUAGACUUCGACAAAGUGUUCGCAGCAUUUAGCAGCUUGGCCGAGACAGGCAACUUUGUCGUGCUAUCAACAGUUUGUGCCCUUCUUGGACUCUAUGUAAUCGGUCUUCUAUUAGCCAGGAGAGAAGACAAGCGCGAUGAAUUAAGGGUCGUAGCAAACGUUUGCAUUAACGAGAAUCAAGGAGACAACAAAUAUCUCAUAUCUAUUCAAACUGGUAUGUGGAGAGCUAAUGGAACUACCGCAAAUGUGGGUUUGGCUAUUCAUGGUAGCGAUGGAAAUACAGAGGAUAUUACCCUGACUGAUUCCCAGUCGGAGAAGGUCUUCUUCUCCAGAGGCAGCAUUAACAAUUUCACCCUUUGUCUACCAGAGUCACUUGGUUCACUUGAGAAGAUCCGUAUCUGGCACGACAACAGCGGCGAUAACCCGUCCUGGUUCUUGACGCAAGUGCUUAUUGUGGACGUGGUGACAGGAGAAAAAGCACAUUUCGUAGCGAACAGGUGGAUUGCAGUAGAAAAAGAAGACGGGAAGUUAAAUCUCGAGUUAACAGUCUCCGGAAAAAAAGAGCUUUCAGGUUUCAAAAACUUAUUCUAUUCGAGAACGGCCACAAGCCUCGGAGACAAGCAUCUCUGGUUAUCAAUAUUCACUCGACCACCACAUAAUCCAUUCACACGGGCUCAGCGUCUGGCAUGUUGUAUAUCCAUUCUAUUCGCAGCCAUGGUUACCAAUGCCAUGUUUUACAAUUUUGGUACACCACCUGGAGACGCAGUGCAGAUCGGUCCCCUCAAAGUUAGCCUUACACAGAUUAAGAUCGGUAUCCAAAGUAGCAUAGUUGCUAUCCCUGUCAACGUACUUGUUGUGACCAUCUUCAGACAGUUAAAAGCGAAGGAAUCAGGCAAUGCCGAGGAAGAUGGUGCACGACGCAGAGGAUGUUUACCUCACUGGUUUGUCUUCGUUGCCUGGUUUAUCUGCACCAUGGCAACCCUAACUUCAGCUGCGUUUAUUGUAUUCUACAGUCUAAUGUGGGGUGCAGAGACAUCCAAUGAAUGGCUUGUGUCUGUAAUGGUGUCUUUCUUCCAAGAUGCUAUAGUCAUGCAGCCACUAAAAGUUCUACUGGUUGCCUCCAUACUGUCCAUUUUGGUGAAGAAACCUCCAGAACAAGAGAAAGUAAUGGGUGAAGAAGUCCAAAGGAACGCGGCCGGAGAAGUCAUCACCCUCAAUAAAUCAGAUCUUGAGAAGGCACGAAAGUUUAGAAGCAGUCUUGUCCAAAUUGGUCGCAAAGUUGUGGAAUUUACACUUUUUGGAAUAUUUGUACUUCUUAUGAUGGUGGUGUGCUAUGGUAACAGGGGUGUAGAACGAUUCAUGGUCACCGAGUCGAUGGACAACCUAUUUCAAACGUUUACCAUCAAGGUCAAAGACACUCCGACUUUUUGGAAAUGGUCAGAGAAAUUUCUCGUGCCAAACUUGUAUGAAGUCGAUUGGUAUAAUGGCCGCAGCUUUGGGUACAAAGAAGGAUUUCUCAGUAACCGAGCAGCGUUCUUAGUCGGUAUGCCGAGAAUGCGGCAAUUAAGGGUUAAAGCAGAAAAAAACUGCUCCAUAGCAAAGAACGAACCAUCCCUGGCACGUCAGUUCUUAAGAUGCGUUCCGUUCUACACAAGUGAGAUGGAAAGCGUAUCCCAAUACAACAGACCAGGAUGGAUCCCUGUAAAAAAUGCCACACUUUUUUACACAGAGUAUGAACUCGAAAAACAGUGUCCUAAGCCUUGGCGGUAUCUCGAAGCUGCUGAUCUUCAAGUAAGACCCUUUGGGGGUCAAAUGGCUACAUUUGUCGGUGGAGGGUAUGUAGCAGAUCUUGGAUAUAAUUUUCGUACAGCGUUAAAAGUUAUCAGAGUUUUAGAGGAGGACAACUGGAUUGAUGACCAUACCAUGGCUGUUUUCAUUGAAUUCACCAUUUUUGAACCGUCAAGUUCUCUCUUUUCCACUAUCAAACUACUGUUUGAAAGAUUCCCUACAGGUGGAUCCAGUGCCAAGACAUCAAUUAAGACUCUAUCGCUCUAUGCGUCGUCUGAUCCCAACUCUAGAACGCUCUUUCAAGUUUGCCAACUUCUGUUAAUGAUAGUUCUCAUCGUCUUUUUGUUCGCCGAGAUUGGAAAACUGCGUCGUGAGAAAUGCUCGUAUUUUAAGCAAAUGUGGAACUGGUUGGAACUUUUGCAGAUUUCCAGCACAAUCUGCUCAUUGGUAUUCUUUUUCAUAAAAGAAUCUCAAACGAGCAAGUACGUGAAAAAACUUCAAGAAAAUCCUUUUCAGACGUCAAGCCCUGACAAUAUUGAAUUUAUGUCUGACAUGGAAACCUAUGUACUUUCUUUCGUCAUCUUCAUAAUGACGAUCAAGUUCCUGAGGCUGAUUAAGUUUAACAGCCAUGUUUGUCAAGUUCUAGGAACAAUACAGAAAGCAGCCAACAAUGUGCUUUCCUUUAUGACUGUAUUCGUUACAAUUCUGCUAGCUUACACACAAGUUGGAUUUCUGGUAUUUUCAUCUGAUGUUGACGCGUACAGAUCAUUUUACAGUUGUUUACGAGCCAUGUUGCUGUUGCUUUUUGGAGGCGAAAUGCGUUUGGAAGAAUUACGAUCUACCAGCAGAUUCAUUGCACCGAUGUUCAUCUUCGGUUAUCUGUUUUCCAUGGCGAUGGUUCUUUUGAAUAUGUUCCUUGCCAUCCUAAAUGAUUCUUAUUACGAGGUCAAGAACGUGGAUGCUGGAGAAACGUUUGCUAACGCCGAGCUGGGAGCAUUUAUGGCAGAUUACAUGAAGGACAAAUAUAACAGAGUCAAAGAUGACACUUUGGAGCUUAUAGAGGAGACAAUUAUUGGAGUUAUAAACUUUGUCCGCGGAGACAGGAAUUCGAAACAGUCUGACGACGAGGCUCCCUUGCAGAGCCCACCAGAAGAGUCUCAGAGCGAAGAAGCCAAACUUGCCUCUCUUGAUUCUAUGUAUGAUAUUGAAGGUGAUGGUGACGAGAAGGAUGGAGCCUCAGAUCGUCUUGUAAAGAAUGGUUCCAGGGAGAGUCUUUCGGACUUAAUGUGUGAAAGUGUGUCCCUCAGUGAUCUUAAGGAAGCGAUUCUUCAGAUUGGCCGAGAAAUGCGUCAAUCUGUGACGUCACUUACUUCAGCUGUCAGUAAUUUAUCUUUGAACGAAAAGACAUCGAAGAAAGCCGUUCACUGGCUGGACGAGGAAGGCGAAACAUUAGACUUUGAUAAUCGAACUUCGCCAUAUUUCUUUUCGCUUGGUAGUUACCUCGAAGAUAUCUGGCAAAAAGAAGAAAAUAGGAGAAAAAGAACUGGGAAAAGCCGGCCAAAAGAUCGUCGUCAACGUCGUUACAAACGGCGGCAGAUACCUACUCGCCAGGAGAUUUAUGUGACAAACAAUGUCUAUUAACCAGUACAACGCGAGACAGUUUAUAACAUCGAAGAAGCAAUUAAAACUAGCAAGCUUCCACUUGAUGCACUUUUCGAUUAAGCGAUUUUUGAUGGAGUGUUGUAAAACCACUGACAACCAAAUUAAUCCCAACGACCAAUCAGAAGAAAGAAAAAUACUUUUCAGAGUCAAUAAGAGCUCAAUUAUAACCAACCAAUUUGCCAAAAACGGCGGGAAAAUGCGAGUAACUGAUUGAUUGAAAGAGUGCCUCGAGUUUUCUGGACCAGUCACAGAGCGAAGUUAAUAAAAAAAACAUAGCAGCAAUCCCGGCAGUCAAUGGAAAAUUAGUCUAAAUAUUUUAUUCAAAAUCUUCCACGAGCAUAGGAGCUAUUGUUACUGAGACAAGGUCUGAGAGUAAUAGAAAUGGAUUAUUUAACCCUACCAGACGCGCAAGUGGAUGAUAUCAUGUUAAAACAUCUUCCUCAGUGACAUAACAUUUUCGUGGAGGUCUCAUCUGUAAUAUUUGAUAUUAUACGCAGUU